AUGGAUCUUUCUUGGUGUAUCAUCUGCGAUCGUCACUGUGUUGAGGAGAAUUUGUACUGCUCAGAGACAUGUCGUAUUCAAGAUGUUAAUCACAAGCAUGCCAGUGUUCCCUCAAGUAACAACGUUAGUCCUCUUUGUUCUCCACCAGCAUCUCCAUUGUUAGAUCCUUAUUUUUCAUCGUUCAACCAUGAAAGACGCACUUCCAUCACCAUCAGCAAGUCCACUCGAGUACAUCAUGAUGCCUUUGGUUACAUGAGCCCAUCCAGCGUGCCUCGUUACAGCUUGUCGGAAUAA